UGCCCUGGCGCAAUGAGCAGCAGCAGAGGUCAGGAUUGACAGGAGAGACAGGCUGAGGGAGUCUCCCAGGCAGGCAGAAAGAAUGCUGCACAAUCUGUUGGACCUGUUGCGCCUUCGCUAUUAGCAAACACUUCAGCAUGUGAAUAUAACACCACACCCCUGGCCGUCCUGCCAAAGAAGCGAGAGAGGGGAGCAGUAAGUUGCUACAGCCAUGUCAAAGCCGGGCAAAGGGAGGAAGCACUCGGGGCCAGGCAAGGGCACUAAAGAGCAAUGUGAUAGGAAGCCUGCAGACAAGAAGCCAUCAGAAGGAGCAGAGAAGAAAACUGGUGCCAGUGGCCCUUCAGGGGCCCAAGCAAGUGGGACCAGCAAGACUCCUAGUGCUUCAGGAAAAACUAUGAACCCGGCGGAUACACAGGCUAAACAAACACCCAAGACUGAACCAGCCAAAUCUACAAAGCCAACAAAGCCAAAAGAAGCAACAACAGCAUCUUCAGCAGCCCUGGCGGCUGCAUCCAAACCAACAGCAGCACCUUCCUCAGCCCCAGUAACAGCAACCAAACCAACAAAAACAAAGCCAAGUGCAGCAAAAUCGCCUCCCAAACAAGAUAUAAAGCCUAUCCCUGGGAAGCAGCAAAAAACAGACAGCAAGAGUAAAGAUGAAAAGAAAAGUGGUGAUAAAGUUUCUCCAGCUGUGCUACCUAAGAUGACACCUAGUUCUGCUGGUAAAGUAUCUGCAGUUGCCACUGGAGCUCUAGCAGCUGCUGGUGCCGCCGCUGCAGUCACUGCUGUGCAGUCAACAAAGCCGAAAGAUGAGAGUAAAGAGGAAAAGAAAGCCAUUACUGGGGAUAAGGUUUCUUCUGGGCCACCGGCCAAGACAGACGCAGAUGCAGCCUUGGACGAACUACUUGGAACGUUAGAGGGCCCAGCAGAUAUUCCAGAGUCUCCACAAUUUACUGGACCAGAAAUCCAGGACACAGUUGUUACAUCUGAGUAUUUGGAGGAGCUAGGAAAACGGGAUUUCACCAUCCCACCUGAAUACAGGCACCUGCUGGAUGGUAAAGGUGAAAAGAUGGCACCCCCUACCCCACCCGAGGAACCCGAAGAGCACAUGGAUGAUGAUGAAUUAGUUGCAGCCCUGUCUUCUGGUUUUGAGAGCAGUCAGGCAUCCCCCGAAGUAAAGAAGCCAAAGCUGGAAGAGAAAAUGGAAGUGAAACCAAAAUCAGCAGCAGCAGUGGCCACACAGCCAGAUGUGCAGAAAAAAGAAGUAAAAGUCGCAGCAGCAGAAACUUCCAAACCAAGCACUCAGAAAAAAGAGGAAAAAGCAAAAAUAGCAGAAGUGUCUAAACCAAGCACUCAGAAAAAAGAGGAAAAACUGGCAGCAGCAGCAGACACAUCCAAACCAAGCACUCAGAAAAAAGAGGUAAAAGCCACAGCAAAAGCCACAGCUGCCGAAGCUUCCAAACAAAGCACUGAGUCCAUACCAUCAGAAGCAAUAGACGAGUUGUUGGGAACACUUGAAGGACCCCCAGAAAAUGUUCCAGGGUCUCCAGUAUUUCAGGGUCCAGAAGUUACUGAGAACAUUACAGCAACAUACUUAGAAGAAACUGGAAAAAGAGAUAGUACGAUCCCUCCAGAAUACAGAAAAUUAUUAGAUGGAAAGGAUCAUGGGAAAGAUGUGUGGCCUUCAGCACCUGAACCAGAACCGUCUAUGACCGACACAGAGCUUGUAGAUGUGUUUUCCAAAGACUUUGAGCUUUCAUGUUCACCUACUGUUCAGACCACGCCAGCCAUUAAACCCAAAAGGAACACUGAAGAUCUCCACGAGUGCUAUUGCUCAAAGUCAGUGAGCCAACUUUCAUCAUCUGAAACUCCUCAAGGUAACAAAACGAAACCUGAAAUUGCGGCAUCAUCUGCAUCCACUGUAAAAGCAGCAGCGCCCUCCGGUGGUAUGGACAGUGCAUUAGAUGAAUUAUUGGGAACACUGGAAGGUCCUGAUCCAACAGCCCCUGAAUCACCUGUGUACACUGGGCCAGAGGUGACGGAAACAGAGACAGCGGUAUACAGAGAGGGACUUGGGAUAAGAGACAGCAGCAUCCCUCCAGCAUACAGGCACUUACUAGAUGAUUCUGCUGGAGGAGCACUAUUAACUGAUGCACCCCCACCACCGCCAGAGGAAAAGCCUCUGACCGAUGAUCAGCUGAUUGAUAAGUUUUCUAUGGACUUUGAUUGUUCUGAAUCUCCUGCAACACAACAGGCUCAUCCUGUCGAACCUAAAGUUUCCUCGCAAGAGAAAAAGGCAGAAAAAGAAGUAGUUGCUGCCUCCUCUGCUACUGUUAAAGCUGCACCCACUCCUUCUAAAGCACCAGCACCUCCAGCUGAUCCACUCGAUAGCCUGUCUGGUACCUUAGGUGUUCGAAAGGAAGAACCGAGUGACAAGAAGCCUCCAGUGGAUAAAGUAAAGGAGGGAACAGGCAAAGAGAAGAAAGAAAAGCUUGGAGAAGAUGAAAAAACAAUACAUCCUGACCGCCGGCUAAAGGAAGUGAAGGAUAAAGACGGAAAGCCCUUGCUGCCAAAACUUGAACAAAGCCCUAAGCCAAUGAGUGAGGCCGAGCUGCUGGAUGCUUUGACUGAAGGCUUUGUGACUUCCCCUGCCACUCCUGAUGCCCCACUGCAGGGCUCUUUGAAAAAAAAAGGUUCUGGAUCAGAAGAUGUUAUAUCUUGUUCUAAAGCUUCCGCCGUCAAGUCUGGAGCUCCACAGGACGCUGCUUUAGAUAUACAGAUUCCCGACGAUGCACUAGAUUUACUUUCUGGCUCCCUGGGACAAAGAGAGGUGGAUCCUAAUGAAAACAAACCGGUGGUGGAUGUAGUUAAGGAAAAAGCUAAAGCUGAGCAUAUAGACAAACUGGGGGACAGAGAUGAUACAAUCCCACCGGAAUACAGAAAGCUGCUGGAUGGUAAAGAUGAUAAGGGACAACCUGCAAAACCACCAGCGAAAGCGGAGGAGAAACCAAAGAAGCCUUUAAGUGACGAUGCAGCGAUCGAUGCUCUUUCAAGCGGAUUUGCAUCAUGUGACACAAAAUCUACUGAACAACCAAAGCAGCCUUCAACGGACAAGACUGAGAAACAAUGUGCUAGCGCUCCAGUGUCGCAGCCUUCAGGAAAGGCACCUGAUGCUGCAAAGCAGGCAAACUCAGCGAUACCAAGUGUGCCAAAGGCUGGCAAAAGCUAGACCCAUAGCUAAUGUACAGUUUUCUUUGCACUUAUGCAAGACUUGCUUGGGAAGAAGAAAGCUGGCGCAGCCUGUAGAUGGGGUGGGUGCUGGCUCCACCCUGGAUUGGCACCCUGACAGACUUUUGGAAGUGCUUUUUACUCAUCAAACUCUAUUUUUGGUUUUCUUUAUUUCUUCAAAGGGGGACGCUUUUAUAUUUGUACUAAGAUGUAUAUCACUAUGAAUUAGUCCUCUCUGUGGCAGAAUAAAGCCUGCAGCCUUUGCACAGUCUUCCUCUGGUAUAAAUACUGCAGUUCUAAGUUUCAAGGGUAACUUAGAACUGCCUUAUUCUUCCUAUAUUCUGGGGUGUCAGUGUUGUAUUCUACUUUGGUGUAAAAUAGGAACACUUUUCCUUGUAUUAAUAUUUUGCAGAUAAAAAGGUUACAUGGCAGGUGUUAAAGGGGAAAUUGACUUUAAAAUGAAUUCUCAGUAGAAUGUUACCAUUUUUAUUAUUGCCAGUUUAGUUCUGUGCUGUUGCUGGAGUCAGCGGCUGAAGCAUGCGCGGGGUUGGGAUGACAUACUAGGGACUAAAUAGUAUGGUCAGAAAUACAAAAUUCUAGCCUUAGUGUUACUCUGCUGUGUGCUUGAUAGUCACUGACCCCAGCAACCAGUUAUUUAAAUUGGAAAAUAAGUUGAGGGGCAAAUAUAAAUACAUAGAUUCUUACAUUUAUUUUCAAAGUACAUUAAAUGUUAAAUUUUAAGGUUUACUUUCCUUUUGAAGAUAAAGCAAGAAUGCCUUUCCUUUAGCCUCAGGUUGCUGCUGGGAGGGCUGAAGGGGGUGCAUUCCAGUAUGACAGAUAUAAUGAGUGGGGGCAGUACUUUGGCUCUAUAUGAAAUGUUUACAUGAACAGUGCCUUGUAAUAAUCUGUUUGUUACCAUUGCUCACAUGGCCCUCAUUGUCCAUAUCCUGCCUAUUUGGGGGCUCACAUGCACCGUCCUGGCUGGGCGCGCAGUACUAUAUGCCUUCCUUCCCCAGGCGAAUGCUUCCGUUUGUCAUCUUCCUACAGAUAGAGGGUCAGAUAAUAGUUUGCACCAGGUCUAGUUCCUCAAAGCAACCAGUCAAAUGUUGGCUUUCAGGUAACCAGCACAUUCUGCUUGUUGAUUGGUAUCUGUACUUUACUAGAUCUAGUGCAAACCUUGCAGUUGUUACCCACACAGUUAACCCUUGGAGUGCUGGCUGUGAUUGGCACCAUACUUAUUUCCAGUAGGGGAAAACAGAAUGUAAGCUCUGUAGAUUAUACAGCACUUGAAGGGUUAACUCAAAGCAGCAACCUCUAGGAUGCUCUCACUGACAGCUGAACGGUGUUGGGGGCCACAUGUUGCCCACCCAUGGCUUGUAUGUAACAAUAAAAAUACAGAAGGAAUUAGUUGACACUACUGUUUGAAGCAUCAAGCGAUACAAAGGGCUCUAUUGCUAUAGACUGCGGAACUGUGGAACACUAUGGAAAAUAAAGAUGUUAAUGUCA